CAGAGGAGAUGCGCGCGCGCAAUCAUUUAUCGAAUUCCAUCCAACCUGAAACCUGCAGUAGCGAGACAAACAGCCGCCGAAGCGCACGUACUUUGCGGUCUCAUCGAAAACCAUAUGACCGGACGGCGUGUAUCAAAUAAUUAAAAUGACGCGACUUUCUCACAUAGCAGCUAUUCUCGCGGUAGUGGCACUGUCUUCAAGCAGUAUCGUCAAAUCCCCCAGCAACGAUGGAAAAAAUUUCGAACUUUUAAUACUCCAUAACAAUGACAUGCAUGCGAGAUUCGAACAGACGUCACAGCUCAGCGGCGCCUGCACUGUCGCUGAUAGGGAAGCUGGAAAAUGUUACGGUGGCUUCCCAAGAGUCGCACACGUAGUAAAAGAAGCAAGAAAAGCAGCGGCUUCUGGAGAGGGUCCACCAGUCCUGUACCUUAACGCCGGAGACACUUACACAGGAACCGCCUGGUUCACUAUCUAUAAAUGGAAAGUUGCUGCUGAAUUCCUUAACGCUUUACAGCCUGAUGCCGUUUCACUCGGGAACAACGAUCUAGAAAAAGGAUCCAGUAACCUUACACCAUUCUUAGCAAAUUUGGAUUCUAUUAUCUUGGCCAGUAACGUUAUCUUGAAUUCGGAGGAAGCGAAGCUGAAAAUUAAAAAAUCUAUAAUAGUUGAUGUGGAAGGCGUUAAAAUUGGCCUUGUUGGUUAUCUGACUCCUAAAUCUAAUAUAUUGGACAGCACGGAUAAUAUUGAGUAUAUUGAUGAAGUGAUUGCCGUGCAAGACGAAGUAAAUAAACUGAGACAGCAGGGUGUCAAAAUCAUAAUAGCGUUGGGUCAAUCUGAAACCAGAAAAGACGUUGACAUAGCUUCUGAAGUUGACGGCAUCGAUCUGGUCAUUUCUGGUCACCAAAAUAUUUUCUUUGCAAAUGGUACAAAUGCUGAAGAUAAUUUCGAAAACGCCAUCAAACCUAUUAUCGUGACACAAACAUCUGGAAAACAAGUACCAAUAGUUCAAUCAUACACGUAUAACAAAUAUUUAGGAAAAAUUCUUUUGGUGUUCAAUGACGAUGGAGAAAUAACUAAUUAUCAAGUAGAUUCCAUAUUGCUCGACCAAUCAGUACCACAAAAUAUUGAAAUGGCUGAAAUUGUUAAAAGAUCCAGUGAUCAAGUUGCUCCUUUAAAUGCAUCAAUUGGCAAUACUCUUGUUGAGCUAGAUGGAGAUACGUGUGGCGUUGAAGAAUGUAAUUUAGGAAAUUUAGUGUUAGAUUCGGUAAUUUUAUACUAUGCUGCCAGAUAUCAAGACGAACGGUGGACUGACGCUCCUGUUGCAAUAAUAAACGGAGGUGCAUUCAGUGGCAGUAUUUCCCCAGAAAAUCGUCCAUCCCCAGUCAGCAGAGCCGAUAUACUUUCAGCUAUGCCGGAAUCACAAAAUUUAGUUGCUGUUACAAUGAAUGGAACAAUACUCAAUCAAGUUCUUGAACACUCUGUAUCUGAUUACAGAGUUAGCAACCCGACGGGCCGAUUCCUUCAAUUUUCUGGAAUUAGAGCUACAUACGACUUAGCCAAAGAACCAGGAUCCAGAUUAGUAAACGCAUUAGUGCGUUGCUGGGAUUGUUUGAUACCUCAAUUUUUCACAAUUGAUAAUUGGAGGAGUUAUAAAAUAUUGAUGCCGGCUUCAUUAGCUAAUGGUAACAACGGCUACACUAUGCUCGUUGGUUUACCAAGUGAAGAACUUAAUUAUGAUGCUGUAACCUGUACAACGGAAUACAUCCGAAUGAGAAGUCCAAUCUAUCCAGAAAUCGCAGAGCGUGUCUCAUUGGGAAAUCAUGAAUUUGAUAAUGGUGUAUCUGGCUUAACACCCUUCAUAAGAAAUCUAACAUGCCCCGUACUGGCUGCCAACCUUAUACUUACUAAGGAACCUAACUUGGAAUUAGAACAUAACCUUAUGAAAUCAGUUGUAUUUACUAUUAAUGGAACUAAAGUAGGCGUUAUUGGAUACCUUACUCCUGAAACAAAAGUACUUGCAGUAAAAAACAACGUUGAAUAUAUAGAAGAAAUAAUUGCGAUUCGAGAAGAAGUAAAGAAACUUAAAAAUGAAGGCAUUGAGAUUUUAAUAGCUUUAGGCCAUUCUGGAUUUUUAAAAGACUUAGAAAUAGCGAAAAAAGUUGAAGACAUUGAUCUUGUUAUCGGAGGUCAUACAAAUACAUUCUUAUGGAAUGGCACAACACCUGACAGUGAAACAAUACAAGGCCCUUAUCCUACACUAGUAAAACAAGAAUCCGGAAGAAUAGUGGCGGUAGUACAAGCAUACGCUUAUACAAAAUAUUUAGGGAAAUUGCAUUUGUUAUUUAAUUCUAAUGGAGAAAUAGUUAAAUUUGAUGGAAAUCCAAUAUUAUUAGAUAAUUCUGUACCACAAGAUCCUACUGUACUAGAUAUUGUUAAUAGAUACCGUGAAAAUAUUAUUGAAAUAUCCGAUGUACUAAUUGGCAUCUCUUUAGUAACUUUAGACGGACUAUCGUGUCGCUUACAAGAGUGUAAUUUAGGUAAUUUAAUGGCUGAUGCCAUCGUCGACAAAUAUGCUUCGGAAUAUAAAGGAGAUGGUUGGACUGACGCACCGAUCGCUAUUGUCCAAGGAGGUGGAAUUCGUGCAUCAGUAAGCCAUGAGGAAAAACUAAUUAAUAUUACUAAAGGAGAUCUCUUUACAGUAAUGCCGUUUGAUGGAAAUAUCGUGAAAGUAACUCUAAACGGGUCAAAUAUUAUAAAAAUGCUUGAAUACUCUGUAGCUAAAUAUAAUAAAAUACGUGCACCUGGUCAAUUUUUACAAAUAUCUGGCUUAAAAGUAGAGUAUGAUUUCAAAAGACCACCAGGAAAAAGAGUUGUAAAUGUUGAAGUGAUUUGCGGAAAAUGUAAAAUACCUACUUAUGCAUCUGUUAAUACGUCCGAAACUUAUAACAUUUUAAUGAACGAUUUCCUUUCGAUGGGAGGUGACGGAUUUUCGUCCCUUGGAAAUCACGAAUUUGAUCACGGCGUGAGUGGGUUAACACCGUUCAUAAAAAAUCUCUCUUGUCCUGUGGUUGCAGCGAACCUUGAUCUGACCAAAGCUCCUGAUUUAGAAAAAGAGACAAACCUAAGGAAAUCUAUUAUAUUAAAUGUCAAUGGCACGUCAGUUGGAAUCAUAGGUUACUUAACGCCCGACACUAAAAUGUUAGCUGUGAAAAAUGAUGUGGAGUAUGUUGAUGAAAUCGUGGCAAUAAAAGAAGAAGUAAAAAAGUUAAAAGCUCAAGGAGUCAAUAUCAUUAUUGGAUUAGGUCACUCGGGUUAUUUGAAAGAUUUAGAAAUAGCAAAAGAAGUAGACGGUUUAAAUUUAGUGAUCGGUGGACACUCGAAUACUUUUUUAUGGAAUGGUACGAGUCCUGAUUCAGAAAAAAAUCAGGGACCUUAUCCUACUUACGUCACCCAAUCCUCCGGGAAAAUGGUACCUGUGGUCCAAGCCUAUGCUUACACAAAAUAUCUUGGCAGACUGCUUAUGGUAUUUAAUAGUAAAGGGAAUCUACUCAGCGCUGAGGGUAUACCUAUUAUUUUAGACAAAACAACUCCUCAAGACCCUGAUGUUUUGAAAAUUAUUGAGCGUUAUCGUACAGAAAUUUCAAAUUAUACGGAAGAAGUAAUUGGGAAAACGUCAAUAGUUUUAGACGGUCUUAGUUGUCAACAUCAAGAAUGCAAUAUGGGUAACCUUAUAGCUGAUGCUAUGGUCUAUAAUUACGCGAUGGAAUACGAAAGCAAAGAUCAUUGGACGGAUGCGCCAAUAGCUAUAAUUCAAGGCGGUGGUAUAAGAUCUUCAAUAGCACAUUCAGAAACACUAACUACCAUUACUAAAGGAGACUUAAUUGGAGUCCUACCUUUUGAAGGAGAUCUUGUAAUCGUAACUAUGUCGGGUAGUGUCUUGUUACAAAUGUUAGAGCACUCGUCGCUUGGAAAUCACGAAUUUGAUGAAGAAGUCGAUGGAGUCAUACCUUUUAUAAGAAAUCUGACGUCACCCGUUUUAGCUGCCAAUCUUAUUCUCACCAACGUACCAGAACUCGAAAAAGAAACCAACUUAUACGAAUCAGUUGUCAUUAUUAAAAACGGCAUUAAGAUCGGAAUCAUUGGUUAUUUAACCCCUGAAACAAAAUUUCUUGCACCAAAGAACAAAGUAGAUUACGAAGAGGAAGUCUUUGCCUUAAGAAGAGAAGUACAUAAAUUAAAAGAAAUGGGAAUCAAAAUAAUUAUAGCGUUAGGUCAUUCAGGCUUUUUGAAAGACUUAGAAAUAGCUCAAGAGGUCGAAGAUUUAGAUAUAGUAAUAGGCGGUCAUUCAAAUACUUUUUUGAUAAACAAAAAUAGUACAGACGAAAUUCCUGAAUAUCCACAAGGACCAUAUCCUACAAUAGUUAGACAAAAAUCGGGAAGAAAGGUCCUUGUGGUACAAGCGUAUGCAUACACGAAAUAUCUUGGCAAAUUACAUUUAAUUUUUGACGAACAAGGAGAAAUUAUAUAUUACGACGGUGAGCCGAUUCUAUUAAAUAAAGAAAUCCCAGAAGAUCCAGUCCUCCUAGAAAUAGUAAAUCGAUAUCGAACUGACAUAAACCAAAUAUACAAUGAAGUUGUGGGAACCUCACUUUUUUAUCUCGAUGGUGAUUCCUGUCGUCUCAAAGAAUGUAAUUUAGGCAACUUUAUUAAUGACGCUAUAAUUAACUUUACAAAACAAUAUUACAAAGAAUAUUCAAAUGUUAACAUAGCUAUAACACAAGGUGGUAGAAUAAGAACGUCCAUAAAUGGUCCAGAUAAACCUUUUAAAGUUACGAGAGGAGAUAUGGUCACUGUCAUACCAUUUUCUGAUACACUGUGCAUAAUGACUAUGAACGGCACAAUACUGAGACAGGCUUUGGAACAUUCGGUUGCAGCUUGGAGAAAAAUUGAUACCCCAGGACAAUUUUUACAAUACUCGGGAGUGGAAAUAGUCUAUGAUCUAGCUAAAGAAGUUGGUUCACGGAUUGUGGAAGCAAAAGCUAUUUGUUCAGAUUGCUCUGGCUUGAAUGAUAUUUUAGAUAAUCUCGAGUACAAAGUUAUUACGUCAGUAUUUUUAGCUGAAGGUGGUGAUGGUUACACGAUGUUUGAUACAGUUCCCAAAGAAAUAGUUAACUACAAUGAAGUCACGUGUGCUAUAGAUUACUUGCAGAAAUAUAGUCCUAUAGAGCCAAUUGUAUCAGAGAGAAUAAAUAUUCUUAAUGAGGAUAACAUUAAAUCAGCAAUGUUUUUGCCUUCACAAGGAAAGUCAAUUAAAUUUAAUACUAAAAUGUUCCUUUUAUUAACUUUUAUUAUAUUAUAUAGUUAAAUCAAUGUUGUAUGUAGAUAAUUCAAUUAUAAUCGAAAUUCGAAAUUUAAAAUUUGAAGAUGAAUUUCGAAUAUUUUUUGACGUGAAACUUCUUUAGAAAUGUUGCAAUUUGAUACUAGGUAAAACAUGAAAUGCGUCACGCCAACACGCCACUUUUAUUUUCAGUCUUUCUGAUUUAUUUAUUGUUAACACUAAAGCUCGUCAAUAAUAAAGUCUACUUUAUACUUACAUA